UCCCCCGCACACUCGCUCUCCUACUUGGGAAAGCAAAGCUAGAGACAGAGAGAGAUGUUCCCAUCGUCAGGGAGGACGGUGAUGGCGCUGGGCCACGGCCAAACCUCGUCCACCGCCGGCGCCGCCAUGGCCGCGGCCUCCUCCUCCACCCCCACCAUAACCUUCGCCUUCCAGCCCUCGCCUCCUCCAACGAGCUCUCUCCCCCACCAUGGCGUGCUAGGUUAUAGCUCCCUUGUCCUAGACCACCGCCCAGCCACAGCCACCACCACCAUCCCGCCCCCCAUCCUCCACAACCUGCAUGCAGCGCACGUUUCCCCUCCGCCAAGGUCAUCGCCUCCUCAUCCAUGGUCGACCUGUGACGAAGGUGAUCAUGACAGGCAGAGACCGGGGAAAGGUGCUGCGACGAGCACGCGGGCGGCGGCGGCGGCGGGGCUGGGGGUCGGGGUCGGGGCUGUGAGGAUGAAGAAGGCGCGGCGGAAGGUGCGGGAGCCGCGGUUCUGCUUCAAGACCAUGAGCGACGUCGACGUGCUCGACGACGGCUACAAGUGGCGCAAGUACGGCCAGAAGGUCGUCAAGAACACGCAGUACCCCAGGAGCUACUACCGAUGCACGCAGGACAACUGCCGGGUGAAGAAGCGGGUGGAGCGGCUGGCGGAGGACCCCCGCAUGGUGAUCACCACCUACGAGGGCCGCCACGUCCACUCCCCCUCCCGCGACGACGACGACGACGCCGCGCGCGCCAGCGCUGAGAUGAGCUUCAUCUGGUAGCUUGCCAAGCUGUCUCUACUCCAUGCAUAUGUCUAUACCGGACCGACGGUCGCCGGCCGGCCCGCCGCCGCCGUCGAGGCCAUCGCGGCGCCUUUCAAGUUUCGCCAACUGGAUCCUGAUCCAUCUAUCAGAUUAUAUAUGUUGUACGUAU